AUGGACCUCGAUCCUUCCCAGCGGACAGAAAACAUGAAUAUGGAAUCCGAGCCGGAGACAUUGGAUAUCGAUCCAGUGUUGCUUGAGAGCAUCGAGUCUCGUAGGCAAAUGAGCGCAAUGGAUGCAUUUGCGCGACUUCGCCAAGUCCAAAAGACAGCGAUGGCUUUUGGCCCUCGAUUUGCAGGGACAACAUUCGAGCCAGCACUCCCUGAACCCUUGACGCUUGGGGACUGGACAGAGCCUUUGCCACAAGACAAUCAACUCUUUGCAGAGCCCUCGACGGAGAAAAACCUCACUGCAGACCUUGAGCAGCUUCCGCAUUCUAAGGCUACAGAUAGCGGCAGUGUGAGCCAGCCGAAUUGCACGACGGAUAUGUCUUUAGGAGAGACCCGGCACCACUCUACAAAUUCUUGCAGUGAGGAUAUCUGGAAACCUCAAAUUGGAACUCAGGGUACCCAACUUGUGGUGGCUUCAUCGCCAGCGCGGCUCAAUGCUCCUCGAGUCCUUGCGACGACCUCCUUAGGCGAGCCAAGUGUUGAGAACGAUGUGCUGGAAUGGCCAGAAAUGCCAGAAGAAGACCCUACAACAUUCUCGAAAGUAGAGUCAUGGUACAAAAGUCUUAAAAACCCGAGUCCAUGGGACAGAGUCCAGUUUGAGAGAGCAACACAGCAGGAGGCCCGUCGCAAAGAGCGGGUUGCAAGCCGACUGGCUCUCGAGCAAUAUGAUCCGGAGAACAACGAGGGAUUACAGAAUACCUCAGAUCGUGGGUCAGGAAGUGCUUUGGCUGAAACAUCGCACAAUCGAAAUCAUACCGCCCAACACGGAUCUCAAGCGAAGAAAAGAAAGCGAAAGAACAAGAUCUCCGCCGAUGAGCAGCGGCGCUCCAUGCAGCUGGGCCUGAACUUUCUGCUCAGACCAAAGUUAACAUCCACAAAGAGAAUUCGGAAGCGGAGGGCAAACCAGGUGGACACCAACGAUGAAAUGCAGCAUCUACGAGAAUCUCCAAAGAAUAUGAAAUAUGCUGAAUUUGACCUCGACGCGUUUCUCGGCUCUGAAGAUGUUGUGGCAGAAGGCCAUGAGAAUGCCGCUUUGCCGGCUUGUCCAGUCUUCACUUCAAAUGUUAAGAUGAAAGCUCUGACUCAGCUUGUUGCCUCUAUUCCUGCCGCCGACCAGGAGGAGGCCAAAUCUGACAAGCGUAAGAUCCUUGAAGGAACUAGGAAGUUCACGACUAGAGUAAAAUGCGAUGGCCAGAAUGGGUGGAGGAUUAAGGGCAUGAAGACAAGCCUGCUGAGUUAUCAGUUGCUAGGUGCAGGGUUCAUGCGUGAUCGAGAAAAGUCACCCGAACCACCCCAGGGAGGUCUCCUUUGCGAUAUCAUGGGAUAUGGUAAGACCAUUCAAGCACUAGCCAAUAUCGUCGAUGGGAGAUGUGUCGACCCGGAUGAUCCUGUGAAAGCCACUUUGAUAGUCGUCCCGUCUCACCUGGUCGGUCAUUGGGAGUAUCAAAUUUCAAAGCAUUGUGAUCAAGAUGCGAUUGGAGAUGUUCUGAUCUACGAGGCGAGACACAGACUGAGAACCCUCGAUGUCAUCCAAUCUAUGCAGAGAUACAAUGUCGUAAUCACCACCUACGACGAGGUCCGACGGUCGUAUCCACUUUCGAAGAUUAACAGCAACGGCAGCAAUGAUGAUGAACUUACAAGCUCGUGGGAAGACUUCUAUCUUAGCACGGUUGGACCCUUACAUAAAAUCAAAUUUUUGCGAAUCAUUCUUGAUGAGGGUCAUGUUAUCAAAAACCAUCUCUCGACAACUUCAAUUGCCGUACGUGCUCUCACGAGCAAGUACAAAUGGAUACUGACUGGAACGCCUGCCAUCAAUGGAAUCACAGACCUUUAUGCGCUAUUCAACUUUCUUGGCCAUAGAUACGCUCAAGAAUACGAUUCCUUCGUCGGAGAUUUCCUUUGUGUGAGUGCAAAUGACAAGCAAGGCCUUCAGCGUCUUAGAAACAUAUGUCGAACAUGCACAUAUCGUCGAACAUAUUCAAGCCGGCUUUUUGGAUUACCCCUUGUCCAACUGCCGGACAUCAGUCGGACGGUAGUAACCAUUGAAUUUUGUGACAUUGAAAGAAAAAUCUACUCGGAGGUUCGGGAGAAUUAUGUUGCUAACAUCAAUGAACUCAGCAAUGAACCUAAUCCGAGAUAUUCACAAAGCCGUUGCUUCCUGGCGAUGAUUCUGAGGUUACGAAUGAUCUCAAGCCACUUACUAACGAAUCAGGAUGUGGUCAAAGAUCUGCUGACGUCGGAAACUUUUGCCCAACAGGUCUAUAAGCUAGGUGCCGAGUCAGGGGAUCCUGAGCAUCCUUCGGCCAAAAUAGCACGAUGUUUGACGGGGUUGAAGAAUGGCAUUUUUGUCCCAGCAGCCCGGCAAGAGCAUGAAGAGCUCGGGGGGCUGUGCAAGGAACUUUCCGGAGAUCAAGAAGAGCUUGUCAACGAAUUUAAGGAAUUUAUGAACCAGCUUCAUGAGGAACAACAGUGGCUGGAACGAUUGGAAAGAGUCACUUGCCCCCGUUGUGGGAUGCCUCCAACAGAGCCUAUUGUGACUGAUUGCAUGCAUCUGUACUGUGAGGAAUGCUUUUUCGAGAACGACAUUAUUGCUGGGAACGGUACGCCCAAGUGUCAGGCACAAUUUUGUGGCAAAAUCAUUCAAAAAGCUGCACUCUUUGGUUCUGUUGAGAGCAUAGUUCAAGAGUCUACCGCCCCUGCGACUCAAACACAUAUGCCGCUCCAGGGUGGGAAAAAGAAGGUGCGGCGAGUGACGCCCAUAAGGAAGCCUGAGAAGCCAAAGCCAAAGAACAAGAGAUCAAAUUUGCGAUUUAACAGCAGCAGCUUUGAUAAAGACCAAGAUACCGACUGGAUCUCAGCCUGUGGAGGCGAGAUGCCUAGUGCCAAAUUGACAAAGAUACGGGAAUUGAUUCAGAACUGGAUUGAAGAAAACCCUGAAGUCAAAGUGGUCAUUUUCACCCUAUCCUUAGAUUUCGUUCGUAUUGCCACCAUGAUGUGCGAACGAGAAGGCUGGCAAUGCUACGCUUUUACAGGCAAGAUGCCUAUACCAGCUCGCGAACAAAGCAUGAAAGAAUUCAGGGAGAACCCCGAAGCCAAAGUCCUUGUUGCAAGUCUCAAAGCAGGCGGAAUAGGGCUCGAUAUGACCAUGGCGAACAAAUGCAUCCUCGUCGAUCUAUGGUGGAAUGAAGCCAUUCACGAACAGGCAUUCUGUCGGCUUUACCGAAUCGGGCAACAGAAGGAAGUAGAAAUUGUCAUCCUGAUCGUCCGAGAUACCAUAGACGAGUAUAUUUGCCAACUACAGCUCAAGAAAACAGCCGAGAUCAACAGCGCCAUGGGCGAAGAAGAACUGAGCAAGAGAGACACGAUCAUCGAAUUAUUCCGGAUGUUUGCGGAGGUCGAAGUUAACGCCAAAGGUGGUAUCACAAUCAAUUUGGACGGCAAGGGCAAGCAGGCAAACAGAAAGGGGUGA